AGCCGGGACUGGUCAGUUCCUCGUGGCCGGAGGAUGGACACGUUGUCCUGGAGAACUACCAGACCCGCUACAGAGCCAGCCUUGACCUUGUGCUAAGGGGCGUGUCCUGUGACAUCCGGGGCGGGGAGAAGGUCGGCAUUGUUGGCCGCACGGGUGCGGGGAAAUCCUCGCUUACCAUGGCCUUGUUCCGGCUCAUCGAGGCGGCCAGCGGCCGGAUAUGUCUGAGCGGACAACACAUCGCUCCGCUCGGACUACACGACGUCCGCGGGAAACUGACCAUCCUGCCACAAGAUCCGGUCAUCUUCGGCGGGACUCUCGGCAUGAACCUUGACCCCUUGGGCGAGAAGAGUGCGGUGGAGCUGUGGGAGGCUCUGGAACAUUCUCACCUCAAGACCUUUGUCCAGUCGCUGCCGGACAAGCUUGACCACGAGUGCGGUGAGGGCGGGAAGAACCUGAGCAUGGGACAACGGCAGUUGGUGUGCCUGGCCAGGGCUUUGUUGAGACAGAGUCGGGUGUUGGUCCUGGACGAGGCAACAGCCGGCGUGGACAUGGAGACAGACGAACUCAUCCAGAAGACAAUCCGUCGCGAGUUCCGAGCCUGCACCGUGCUCACCAUAGCCCACAGGCUCAACACUGUCCUCGACUACGACCGGAUCAUGGUGCUGGACAGUGGUCACAUCAAAGAGAUGGACUCGCCGCGGAAUCUGCUGGCCGACAAGAACUCGGCGUUUUACAGUAUGGCCAGAGACGCUAAGCUGGUAUGA